AAAAAACGUUCAUGAUUCUUCAAUAUGGGUUACCAUAUAAUCACAAAAAUUGUAAAAGGUGACAUACCGCAAUUUUCACAGUCAUCGAUUAUGGUCGGAGGAAAGCACCGAGCAUUUACGUUUGGGGUGAUCGUGGCUUCGUUGAUCAGUGCUGGGUAUUUGCUAGUGCGUCAUACCCCGACGCUGUUUGGGCAGAAGAUAUGGGUGCUUACAAACAUCGACAUAAAUCUAGAAUUCUUUGCCAGGCAUCAUUGCAGGUAUUAUGAUGCAAUGUGCUUUGGCUUGGCACAGGUUCAAUCCAAUAGAUCGCGAGCUGCAAAAUUUCAAGAUUCAGCAAAGCCCUGACUAAUGACCUAAAUGAAAACUCACGCUAAAAAUAUUCUAAGUAGUUGUGGUG